CCCACUGAGCAAACACAUGUCCGACCCCUCCCGUUUUCUUUUUGACUUGCAAAUGUUCCUUCUGUAACAGAGAGCUCCACUGCUGCAGAGAUCCAGGAGGACGAUGCUCGGCCUUUCUACACCACAUCCCAUCUGACUCUGGGUUGAGAAGGUUUGAGGAUUGGACUGCAGUCAAAUAAGAAAGGCGGAGAAGCAGCAACGUGUGUGUCUUUCAGAUGAAAGAAAAAGUCGCUGUGAUCUCAUCUGGACAAGGUAACAGGGAACCACAAUGACAACACUUGAUCUUUGGAACACCCUGGAGGAACUGACAGAUGAUCAGUUCAAGCAGUUCAAGUGGUUCCUGAAGCAGGAUGACAUCCCUAAAGGAUUCUCAGCUAUCCCAGUGGCCCGGCUGGAGGGGGCAGACAGGCAGGACACGGUGGAUCUGAUGGUUCAAAAAUAUCAGGGUCCUGGAGCUCUGGAGGUAACCAUGAAGAUUUUAGAGGAGAUAAGCAGGAAUGAUCUGGCACAGUGUUUGUUACAAACCAGCUCAAGACCGAAAGACCUCAAAAGCCAUAACUCUGUUUCUCUAAAUAUUGAUUAUGGAAGAAAGAAGGCAAACCUGGGGGAGACAAAGGCCGAAAUUAAGCUGAUGAUCCAGGAGAGACAGAUGAAGAUCUUGGAAAUCAAUCGCUCAGCAAAGUUCAGCAGUAAAUCUGCAGACAGACACAUCGCAGACAGUGUGCGGGCAUUUGCUGUUUUGCAGCAGUCAGUCGAGAGAAAUCUGGCUAAUCUCAUCGAGGCAAUUGAAGAAAAGCGGGAAACGACACGGAAGCAGGCCGAAGGAUUCAUUCAAGAGCUGGAGCAGGAGAUCUCUAAGCUGAAAAAGAGACUCGCUGAGGUGGAGCAGCUCUCACGCACCGAAGACCACCCUGACUUCCUGCAAAGCUCCUCUUUUACGAAUGCUAUUCCACCCACCAAGAACUGGACAGAAAUCAGCGUCCCUCCACCAUCUUAUGGGGGAUCUGUGGGGACCUCUGUGAAUCAGCUGGUUGAAAUAGUUAUGCAAGAGAAGGAGAAAUUGAUUACUAAGGCCAAGCUGAACAGGGUCCAGCAGUUUGCAAAGGAUGUGACUCUAGAUCCUGAUACAGCAAAUCCCUACCUCAUUUUGUCUAACGAUGGCAAAGAAGUUUACUGUGGUGAUGUAGAACAAAUCCUCCCUGACAACCCAAAAAGAUUUAAUCCUGCUAUAAAUGUCUUGGGAAAGGAUCAUUUCUCCUCAGGAAGAUUUUAUUACGAGGUUUGGGUUAAAGGGAAGACUUCCUGGGAUUUAGGUGUCGUCAAAGAGUCAAUCAAAACGAAGGGGUCUAUCUCAGCAAGCCCCGAGAACGGCUACUGGACUAUAUGUUUAAGGGAAGGUGACAAGUACAAAGCUUUUGCUGCCUGUCUCAGUGUAAAAAGUCCCCCGAAGAAGGUGGGCGUGUUUGUGGAUUAUGAGAAGGGUUUAGUCUCCUUUUAUGACGUAGAUUCUGCAGACCUUAUCCACAGCUUUACAGACUGUUCCUUCACUGAGAGACUCUACCCAUUCUUCAGUCCCUGUCGUCAUUAUGAUGGUAAAAACUCCACCCCUCUGAUCAUUUCUCCUGUCAAUAACAUUGAUUAGAUUAGAUUAUGGUGUGGAAGUUUGGGGGAAAACAGAUAAAACAAUUACAAAUCCAAUUUUCUUACUGCAAAAGAGAGCAAUCAGUUAUAAAUAGGGCAAAUUAUCGUGAAUCGACAAAUCAGUUAUUUAUUAAUAUACAGGUACUUAAAUUUAGGGAACAUGUAGACCUUAAAAUAGCAUCUCUAAUGUACAAAGUAUUUAAUAGUAUGUUGCCCGACUGUAUCCAAAGGCUGUUUCAAAUAAGAGAAUGCCAUUAUGAACUUUUAUGAAUUUUUACUAGAAGUGUCUCGGUGUAUGGAGUUAAACUGUGGAAUGAAUUAGAAAUUGACUUGAAAAAGUGUAACACAAUCGAUUAAAAAAAAUUAUUUAAAUAUAAGGUGAUUAACAAAUAUAAAACAGAAGUGUGAAUACCAGAAGGUACACAAAAUGUAUUGGACUUCUUGUGUUGUACUGGGGUAUAUAGUGUAUACUUAGUUUCUUUAAUUUUUGUAUGAAAAAAUAUAAUAUGUAAAAAGGUUAGGUGUAAUAAGCUUUGGCUUCAGCCUACAACUUUUCGGUCUUGUUUGUUUCUUGUCCCUAUGUAUGUUUGACUGUUGUGAGUUCCAGAUGGCCGAAAAAA